GGCUAGCUUCUCUCCGUUAGGUAUUAUUAGAAGCCGUUGUCACGAGGUCAGUCUAGGUUAGGUGUAAGUGAUGUCACCAGUGUCACAUGCUCACCCGUGAUCGUGCCGUGACACCUCCACGCGGGUAUCUUGAAUCCCCAGUUCCUUUUGAAUUCUCCACCAUCCAAUGUCGCACCAUGUCUUGAAACAUCCCUCCUCAUGGACGACUUCGCUGCAGAGAUGUUCGCUUCUGGGCGCAACUUUGACUCCCCCGAGAGCUCAAGCCAGCGCCCCAACAAUGACCAUAACGACGACAAUGACAAGCAGCCCGAACCCAAGGCCGAAUCAAGCUCUCAGAAAACGGGCCUACGCGGAGGAUUUGCUGCUAUUCGCCAGAAAGCUAGCUUACAGGACCGGUUGGUAGAAAAACUUCUUCAGCAAGUUAUACCCACGGAUAGCGAUGACCAAACCGAGGUUCACUUCGCUGGUGAUGAACAAUCAGCUACCCAUACAGAGAGGCCGAACUUCAAUAUCACUACCAUGUCUUACAAUUUUCGGCGAUUCAACGCUCGAAUAGGCGUCGUCUUUAAAUUCCAGGCCCGUGUGGAACGUAUUCUAUCCUGGAAGCGCGCGUCGCAUACUCUAUCACUCCUCGCCGUCUAUAGUUUUGUCUGCCUGGAUCCUUAUCUCCUGUUUGUGCUGCCUGUUGCCAUCCUUCUGUUCGGUGUCUUCAUCCCCGCGUUCCUGGCACGGCAUCCAGCACCACCCAAGGGAACCUUGUCGAGUGAGCAGAAUGUUGGAUAUUCUCCCCAGGGACCACCUUUGGCACCUGCGGCGACGGUGAAACCAGUCAAGGAACUCAGCAAGGACUUCUUUCGGAACAUGCGCGACCUACAGAACUGCAUGGAUGACUUUAGUCGGGGACAUGACCAGGUCGUCGCCUUACUUGUACCAGUGACGAAUUUUAGUGAUGAGGCUCUCAGUUCUGCUCUAUUUUUAUUUCUUACAGCCGGAGGCAUUUUUAUGACCAUUGCGGCCCAAAUUCUACCCUGGCGCUUCAUAUUCCUUCUCGGGGGUUGGGUUAUCGUGGGUAUGGGUCAUCCGCACGUCGCCCGCCUCAUUGCUGCCGCUCAUCGAGACCGUCUCCAGCCACAAGAGGCCAAGGCUCGGUCGUGGUUAGAUAACUGGAUCAGCUCAGACGUUAUCCUCGACUCCAGUCCUGAAACGCGUGAAGUGGAAAUCUUUGAGCUACAGCGCAAAACCUCUGGUGGUGGCGAGUGGGAGCCUUGGCUUUUCAGUCCUUCACCCUACGAUCCUUUGUCACAACCUCGAAUUGCAGGUGAACGACCACGCGGAACACGCUUCUUUGAAGAUGUCAUGCCACCCGAAGCGUGGGAAUGGAGCGAGAAGAAAUGGGCUCUAGACCUUUGGAGUCGUGAAUGGGUAGAGGAACGUAUUAUUACAGGCGUUGAAGUUGAGACAGAAGGCGAGCGUUGGGUUUAUGACAUAUGGGAUGAGCGAGACGAGCGUACGGGUGUUGUGGACGUUCCUAUCAACGACAAAGGGAAGCAAAAGGCAACACCGAAACCAAGCUGGGAGGAGAAUGAAGACGGCAGUGGUCGGAGAGGUGACUGGAGACGACGACGAUGGGUCAGAUUGGUGAAGCGUAAGGCGGCUCCAGUACAGCCAAGUUGAUAUAAUACAUCUCUGUAAUACCACGGUCUUACUUUGGUUCUUCAUAUUAUGCAAGGUGUUGGUCGGGGGCAUGAGAUGGCCUACACAAUUGUGGCCAAAUAUGGGCAUUGUUAUGUAAGAAUUAACAUGACAUUAAGAAAUUCCAUUACUGAGUUGUGCUCAUUCAAUUGGACAGUAUGGGCUACCAAAAAGUGAAUACCAAAAAUCCAAUCCUCAUGCUGAAGUCACGCUUUCAGAGUCCAAGUGGUAUCACGCUGAACAGGCCUCUCCUGUGGCCACAAAAUCGGAGGUCGUCAGGUGUCUCUGAUUUCUGUCACAACAUUCUAUAUGCGCUUCGCUCAUAACACGUCAAAUCCGUGAAUCGUAACGAGAUAAAAGAAAUAAACCGAAACGUUGAAUGGAUAUCAUUGAAUGGCCAUCUUGUCGAGAAUCUUCUGAAUGCCCUUCGUGCUGCCACGACCCUGAUCGAGCUCCUCGGCCAUCUUGCGAGCCCGCUCGAUGAGGACGUUGAGAACUUUACGGGUAUACUCGAAGCUGCCUGUGGACUCCAUGUAGGCAACAGCGUACCGCUUGACCUGGGUGUCCGAGGUCUUCUGCUUGAGGAUGUUGAUGAGCUGGAGAUUUGUAGGGUUGGAGCGAAUGCUGUGGAUGACAGGGAACGAGAACUUGCCCUCAGUCAAAUCCUCGCACAUUCCCUUGUUAUGGCUGUACUCCUUCGAGGACAAGUUCAUGUAGUCGUCUCGAAUCUGAAAGAUGAGACCGAUUAGGUUGACGAGGGGAACACAGUCCGUAGGACUAGGGCCGUUGGCUUCCGCCGCCAUAAGCUUGAUACCGAGACGGAACAGGCCGCCUGUCUUGUUACCAACCAUUUCGAGGUAGUCCUCUUCCGUAGGACAAGUAAGAGUGUCACGCCAAAAAAGAUCCAUGCCCUGGCCUCGGUGGAGGUUCACAAGCUCAUCGGAAAAGAUGGUGAUUAGCUCUGGAUUGUUGAGCUUGUGCAGCUCUUGUAGGGCGACAAAGUAUAUGUAGUUUGCCGAGUUGAUGGUUUGAGCGACACCAAAGAUGUUGUGUGCGACAGGGAAGCCACGGCGCAGCUCGGACGAGUCUUGUACAUCGUCGAUGAGGAGCGAAGACUCGUGAAGCAUGCCAACGACUCGGGUGAUGACUUCGAGGCUCGGCGUGGGCACAUCGAGCCAGGCGUUGAAGGCGCCGAUUAGCUGGGCGCGGAAGUCCUUGCCAGGAUGGCUAAUGACAUAGUCGUAAGGUCCGCGGACGACAUUUUCCUUCUCGUCAGUCCAAGAGCGCUUAGCCGUGAACUCUAGAUCCUCGUGGGCGUAGCGCUCGGGAUCGGGAGGCGGAUUGGGAGCUUGCAUAACGCCGUAACCAGCGUUUGACAUCUGUGCCUUUGGGGAGAGCUGCUUCUGGCUCAGCCAGUCGCCUUCUGGAACAGGGCGCAGAACGGGUUUUGUGGGUGUAGCGUUGAGAGAGGUCGGGAUGCCGGUGCUUGAAGUGCGAGGUGGAAUUGCGUUGGGAGACAUAAGUGGGUUGGAGAUGCCAGACAUCUUCUCCAUUGCCUUUGGCGAGAGCGACAGCAUGUGUAAGGCCGACGGGGGCAAUGCCUCAGGGUUGAGAGAGAGGAUGGGGUCGGCCGUGGGGAUCAUGCGUGUUAAGUUUUUGGGGGUAUAGAAUGCGAUUCGUCUAAGGGGAAAAGAGAAGAGGAGGAGGGGGAGGGGUCCUUUUUUUGACGGAUAAUCGAUGACGCUGCUGAAGAUAUUUGGAGAUGCUAACUGUAGAAAGAGAGGCAAAAAUCAAUAUGGGACGGAAGCGAAAUAAUAAACAAAUGCCGUAUACGUGGUGUUUGGCCCUGUCUUGUCUCGUGGCGUACUGAUAGCGAAUGGUAUUGUCGGGAUGCUCGGGUGAAUCUAUAAGUGGUCGACGUCAUUGAAUAUCCAGACGAUACAUGUCUAAGCCUGCCUGAUGCGACGAUAGAAGGGUCAUAGAGUUGACACUGAGCCUGUGUGCAAGCUUGCAAUGUGGAUAAUCUACUCAACCCAAUUGCUCAUGCGCUGAAUAGCAGGAGCCUAAAAGCGAAUCCUGCAGGCUGCAGCCAUCCAGUUUGAGAUAGGACGUCAAGGAGGACGAAGCUGCCCAGAGCUCUCUCUGUCUUGUGAUAGAGUGAGGGGUGAUGGUGAGGGUGAGCAUGUGGGCUAGAUACCUGUUCGUCCUACGCAGGACACCAUCUUUGCACCUUGGCGCAGCACGAACUACAGGCACCCUUCACAGCAUGUCAAGUACUAACUGACACGGCCGUGCCUCUUUUUAGGGGUUCUUGUCACAAGCUAAUGCAGAAUGGAUGGGACGGGAGCUCUGAGACGGGAACGCAGCUUUGCUUUCCUUUUCUUUGUUGUUGAGAGGGGCUAGCGACAGGGAAAUGGGUCUUUGCCAGGGGAAGAUCAACGUGGGACUGUGAAUCUGAUUGCGGGGAAGAAUCAAUAGGCAACCAAAAGCAGCCAAGCCAGGUCAUUCAGUCCUAAUACCUAGCUGCAGUUGAUAGUCAUGUUGACGUAGAUAG